AUGGAGAGUGUUUUGUAGCAGCCGCCCCACCUCUAGCUGCCUAACAACAGCCUCCAACGUCAACACAAUACAAAGUCAUGCACCCAUGUAUCGGGCUGACAUGUAAUCACGAUAAUUAUAGUAUGGCGUGCCCUUCUAAGUUUCUCCUAAACUGAGUGAAACUGUUCAAUGUUCGGCCCUGGCUCGAGCCUGUGAACUAUUGUCUGUCUGGUCAUCCUACACUGCCUUGCAAUGUACUCAAGUUCAAAACCACCACUAUCAUGCUGGACUGUGGGCUGGACACCACCUCUGUCCUCAACUUCCUGCCCCUUCCUCUCGUGCACAGCCCCAGACUCUCCAAGCUUCCUGGUUGGGUCUCUAAGGAUGGAUCAGCAAACCUUGAGAAGGAGCUAAAGGAGUGUGCAGGAAGAGUGUUUGUGGACUCACAGCCGGAGUUCUGUCUCCCUGAGAAAGAACUGCUGGAUCUGUCCACCAUUGAUGUCAUCCUGAUAUCCAACUACCACUGUAUGAUGGCACUGCCCUACAUCACUGAACACACCGGCUUCACUGGGACAGUUUACGCCACAGAACCCACCCUGACCAUCGGCAGACUGUUCAUGGAGGAGCUGGUGAACUUCAUGGAGAGAGUUCCCAAAGCCCAGUCUGCCACCUGCUGGAAAAAUAAGGAAAUGCAGAGGAUGCUCCCCGGGCCGCUGAAGGAUGCAAUAGAUGUGUGGGCCUGGAAACGAAGCUACAGCAUGCAGGAGGUCAACUCCGCCCUCAGCAAAGUGCAGCUUGUGGGAUAUUCACAGAAAGUGGAGUUGUUUGGAGCUGUACAGGUCUCCCCUUUAAGCUCCGGUUACUCUUUGGGAAGCUCGAACUGGAUCAUCCAGUCUCAUCAUGAGAAGGUCUCCUAUGUGUCGGGUUCUUCCCUCCUCACCACACACCCACAGCCGAUGGACCAGAGCUCCCUCAAGAACAGUGAUGUUCUGAUUCUUACUGGUCUCACUCAGAUGCCCACCGCCAACCCAGACGGCAUGCUAGGAGAAUUCUGCAGCAACCUUGCCAUGACGAUUCGAGCAGGAGGUAACGUGCUGGUGCCGUGCUACUCCUCGGGGGUGAUCUAUGACCUGCUGGAGUGUCUGUACCAGUUCAUAGAGAGCGCCAACCUGGGGACCACACCCUUCUACUUCAUCUCCCCCGUGGCCAACAGCUCUCUGGAGUUCUCUCAGAUCUUUGCUGAGUGGUUGUGCCACAACAAGCAGUCAAAGGUGUAUCUUCCAGAGCCCCCGUUCCCUCACGCAGAGUUGAUCCAGACCAACAAGCUGAAGCACUACCCCAGCAUCCACGGAGACUUCAGCAGCGAGUUCCGUCAGCCCUGCGUGGUUUUCACCGGUCACCCCUCUCUGCGCUUCGGAGACGUGGUUCACUUCAUGGAGCUGUGGGGCAAAUCCAGCAUCAACACCAUCAUCUUCACAGAGCCAGACUUUUCCUACCUGGAUGCUCUGGCUCCCUACCAGCCGCUGGCCAUGAAGUGUGUUUACUGUCCCAUCGACACACGGCUCAACUUCCACCAAGUGUCAAAGCUGCUCAAGGAAGUCCAGCCCCUCCAUGUGGUGUGUCCGGAGCAGUACACCCAGCCCCCCCUGACCCAGUCCCACCGCUCUGAUCUCAUGCUCGAGCUGCAGCCCCCACCCAUGCCCUACAGACGCUGCUCUGUGCUCAACCUGCCCUUCAGACGCCGCUACGAGCGGGUCUACAUCCUGCCGGAGCUGGCCAACUCCUUGGUGCCCUCUGAGAUCAAACCUGGUGUCUCCCUGGCAACGGUGUCUGCGGUGCUGCACUCCAAAGACAACAAGCACACACUGCAGUCAGUGCCUAAACCCCCUCCAGUGGCCCCCAGCAAGAAGAGGAAGCGUGUGCUGGAGGAGCCUCCGGCAGUGCUAGCGCCCAAACCCCUGCUUAGUGGAGCUGUGCCCCUGGAGGCUUUCCUGGUCACUUUGCAGAAGCACGGUAUCACAGAAGUCAAGGUGGAAGAGACGGCAGACGGACACAUUCUGCAUCUGCAGGCGGAGGACACUCUGAUCCAGUUGGAGGAGGACGGGACUCACAUCGUCUGUGACAACAACGAGCCGCUGCGCACCACCCUGAGAGACCUGGUGCUGCGCUUCCUGCAGAAACUCUGACCUCAUCACGCCUCGUUAUUGUUAGUUUUCUAACAGUGUUUCUGCUUUAUUGGACUGCAAAAGGAAAGAGACGAUGGUGGAGGUGGACAAAGAGCUGUGAAAUGGACUGUCUCAACUCAGUAACUUUCCGAUCAUAUUUUGAUAAAUAGUAUUUUGUAUUAAAAAAUGUUUUUGUUAGAGAUCAUCUCUGUGAGUUUUAUAUCAUAGCAGUGUCCUUAUUCAGAAAACUGUAAUAUUGAGAAACACCAAAGAAAACAAACAAAAUGUCAUUUGCAUUUCACGUUAUCCAACUUUAUAAAAAAGAAAGGUGAAAAUGUAUUUAAAUCCCUGAAAACAAGUUAAACCCCUGAUCCCCUCAGUGUUUGUAAUCAGCUGAAGAGCUUGCAGGUGUUUUGGACCAGAAGUAAGACCAUGCGAAGUGCUUUUAAGUGGGAACAAAAUGUUUCCUGCUGUAUCUGAAUGAGAUGUUCUGAGGUCCGCACGACCCGCUGCACGUCUUUUGAAAAGGCGUAAUUGGCCCUUUUAUUUUUUUUAUGUGACAUAGCAGGACAAAUCCCAGGAUUCAGUGACACAUGGAUGAUGGCUCACUUUCUGGCAACAUAGGCUAAUCAUUAAACCUUGCUACACAGGUCAAACUGUCCUGACUGGAGGUUUAAUGGUUGAUAUUUAUACUUUGGCAUAAUAUCCAGAACUGGUCUGCAUUUUUCAUCUAGGUCAUGUACAGCAUUAUUGUACAAUUUCAGUAUUAUUUUUUAGGAAAGACCUUUGAUACAUUUUUAAGUUCUUUGUUUGUACCAGGCAUUAUAUUUUAAUUGUUCAGCUGCGUAUAUAAAAACAUGACAGAA